CGCAGCAGUCUGCGCUGCGCCACUUCCCUCUCAACUUCACUCCGGGUGACUUCUUUCCUUCUCAUUCUUUUCUUCUUAUUUUGAUGACAUCACAUCUUUUAUCGCACGGCCGUGAUGGGAUGCUACUAGUUAUUAUUCCCCCUCCCCAAACUAAACAUUUCACCUCUCCGAAUGAGAAGUUUUGGAUGUACUGAUUUGCCGGAUUGAAUGGGGGGAACCACUUUCGGAGACUUUACGCAUCAACUUGAGGGAUGAAUGUGAACUUCUUUACUGAGCGUUUUUGUUGAUCUUUGCUCCUUAUUGAUGUGAUUUAACUUACUUAGCAAAAACUUUAAGUGUCGGUUCCACACAUUACGAUCUUGAGGUGGAACUUUUUUUCUCUUUUUCAAACGCUUGGAGAUCCAACUUUCAAUCACAGCCGCAAGGAUUUCUUGUUUGAAUUCAAUCGGAGUGGAUAUCAUGCCUCGGGGGACCGAACCGAGCUGGCUUUGGAUUCUUUCCUUGGCCCCGGUCUUGGUUCUGUGUGUGUCCAGCGUGCACGCAUGCCCGCACAAGUGCAGCUGCUCUGGAUCCCAUGUGGACUGUCAGGGUCUGGGGCUCAAGACGGUACCGAAGGGGAUCCCGCGCGGAGCUGAGCGCUUGGACCUAAACAGAAACAACAUCACGCGGGUCACCAAGGUGGACUUUUCUGGCCUCAAGAAUCUUCGAAUUCUUCACCUGGAGGACAACCAAAUCAGUGUCGUCGAGAGAGGAGCCUUCCAAGACCUGCGAUUGCUGGAGAGACUCCGACUAAACAGGAACAGGCUCGCGCUGCUCCCGGAACUUCUCUUCCAGUCCAAUCCUAAACUGGGCCGACUAGACCUGAGCGAGAACCAGAUCCAGGCGGUGCCGAGGAAAGCCUUCAGAGGAAUCACCAGCGUCAAGAACCUGCAACUGGACAGCAACCACAUCAGCUGCAUUGAAGAUGGGGCUUUCCGAGCACUGCGCGACCUGGAGAUUCUCACUCUCAACAACAACAACAUUACCCUCAUCCCGCUGUCCAGCUUCAACCACAUGCCCAAGUUGCGGACGCUGCGUCUCCACUCCAAUAACCUUCACUGCGACUGUCACCUGUCCUGGCUCUCUGAUUGGUUGCGAGCGAGGCGCGGCUUGGCGCCCUUCACUCAGUGCAUGGCCCCCGCCCACAUGAGGGGCCUGAACGUUCCCGAUGUACAGAAGAAGGAUUUUGUCUGCAGUGGCCCUACCCAUAUCGAGCCGAGGACGUGUGCACCCCUGGUGGCGGUGUGCCCGGCCAGCUGCACAUGCAACAACAACAUCGUGGACUGCCGCCGCAAAAGCCUGACCGAAAUACCCGCCAACCUCCCAGAGGGCAUCAUAGAGAUUCGUCUGGAGCAGAACUUGAUCAAAAGUGUCCCGCCCGGAGCUUUUUCUUCCUACAAGAAGCUCAAGAGGAUAGACUUGAGUAAGAACCAGAUUUCAGACAUCGCCUCCGAUGCCUUCAGCGGCCUCCGCUCGCUCACCUCCCUGGUGUUGUAUGGCAACAAGAUCACUGAGCUGCCGAAAGGAUUAUUUGACGGCCUGGUGUCCCUGCAGCUACUCCUCCUGAAUGCCAACAAGAUCAACUGUCUUCGCGUCAACACCUUCCAGGACUUGCACAAUCUCAACCUGCUCUCACUAUACGACAACAAGUUACAAACCAUCAGCAAAGGACUUUUCACACCACUGCGCUCCAUCAAAACUCUUCAUCUGGCCCAGAAUCCCUUUAUGUGUGACUGUCACCUGAAGUGGCUGGCCGACUUUCUGUUCGACAACCCCAUCGAGACCAGUGGGGCGCGCUGCAGCCACCCCAGAAGGCUGGCCAACAAGCGCAUCAGCCAAGUCAAAGGCAAGAAGUUUCGUUGCACAGGUCAAGAGGACUACCGUAGCCGUCUGAGCGGCGAGUGUUUCCAGGACCUGAUUUGUCCCGAGAAAUGCCGCUGCGAGGGCACCGUGGUGGACUGCUCCAAUCUGAAACUGACCCGCAUUCCCUCACACAUCCCGGAACACACUACUGAUCUGCGGCUCAACGACAAUGAGAUUGCCCUAUUGGAGGCGACCGGGAUAUUAAAGAAGCUGCCAAACUUGAGGAAAAUCAACCUGAGCAACAACAAGCUGCGGGACAUCCGCGAGGGAGCUUUCGACGGAGCGUCGGGCGUUCUGGAGCUUCUCCUGACUGGCAACAAGCUCACAGGACUCCAGGGACGAAUGUUCCGAGGCCUCACUGGAUUGAAAACUCUAAUGCUGCGGAGCAACCAGAUCAGCUGCAUUGACAACACGACAUUUACGGGCCUGAGCUCGGUGCGUCUGCUCUCGCUGUACGACAACCGGAUCGCCAGCAUCGCCCCGGGAGCCUUCGCCACCCUGCACUCCCUCUCCACAAUUAACCUCCUGUCCAACCCGUAUGUGUGUGACUGUCACUUGGCCUGGCUGGGUCAGUGGUUGAAGAAGACCAGAGUGGUGAGCGGAAACCCUCGCUGUCAGAGGCCCGCCUUCCUCAAGGAGAUCCCCAUCCAGGACGUGGCCAAUCCCGACUUCACCUGCGAUGGUGGCGAGGACAACGGCUGCCUUCCUGCAUCUGGCUGCCCUGAUGUUUGCACAUGCUCAGACAGUGUGGUGCGAUGCAGCAACAGAGGGCUGCACUCGCUGCCCAAGGGCAUUCCCAAGGACGCCACGGAACUUUAUCUGGAGGGUAAUAUGCUGACUACUGUGCCCAAGGAGCUGGCGGCCCUGAAGCAUCUGUUACUGGUAGACCUGAGCAACAACAGUAUCAGCACGGUGCCGCCGUACACCUUCAGCAACAUGACUCAACUGGCCACGCUCAUCCUGAGCUACAACCAGAUUCGCUGCAUCCCUGUCCACGCCUUCCACGGUCUCAAGUCGCUCCGCCUGCUGACUCUUCACGGAAACGACCUCUCAACUAUCCCAGACGGCGCGUUCAACCACCUCACCGCUUUGUCUCACCUGGCUCUCGGUGCCAACCCCUUGUACUGCAACUGCGAGCUACGCUGGCUCUCCCAGUGGGUGAAGGCUGGUUUUAAAGAACCUGGCAUCGCUCGCUGCACCGGACCUCCUGACAUGGCUGACAGGCUGCUGCUGACCACACCACUCAACAAAUUCCAGUGUAAAGGUCCAGUGGAUAUCAGCCUUGUGUCGAAAUGUGCCCCCUGCCUGGCGGAGCCUUGCCGGAAUAACGGCACAUGUGUGUCCGACCCAUCUGGAUCCUACCAGUGCACCUGUCCAUUUGGAUUUAAGGGUCAGGACUGCGAAGUGGCCAUUAACGCCUGCGUUAGCUUCCCCUGCCUGAAUGGAGGGACGUGUCACCUUCAGCCGGGCCUUGAAGACCACUUUAGCUGCACGUGCUCGCCGGGCUUCGAGGGCCAACGCUGCGAGGUGAACCCGGACGAUUGCGAAGACAACGACUGUGAGAACAAUGCCACCUGCGUUGACGGCAUCAACAACUACACUUGUGUCUGUCCGCCCAACUACACAGGUGACCUUUGCGAAGAGGUGCUGGAUCCCUGUCUUCCUGGUUUCGACCCCUGUGAGCACGAUUCCAAGUGUGUCCAUGUCGGUCGCAGUUACAGGUGUGAGUGUUUGCCAGGCUACGUGGGCCAUUUUUGCGAGCAAGAUUACGACGACUGUCUGGAGAAUAAGUGUCAACAUGCCGCUGAGUGCGUGGAUGCUGUCAACGGCUACACGUGUGUGUGCAAGGAGGGCUUCAGUGGCUUGUUCUGCGAGAAUCCCCCACCCAUGAUUUUGCUGCAGACCAGCCCGUGUGAUCAGAGCGAGUGCCAAAACAGCGCUCAAUGCCUGCUGGUGGCUGGUGAACCUGUCUGCCGCUGCAUGCCCGGCUUCUACGGCAACAAAUGUGAUAAAAUGGCCACCGUUCACUUCCUGGGGCGAGAGGCGUACGUGGAGCUCCCGGGCGCAAAGUUACGCCCCAAUGUUCACAUUUCAUUCCAGGUGGCCACCAACAAAGACAAUGGUAUUUUGUUUUAUAAGGAGGACCGCGACCCCUUGGCUGUGGAACUGUAUCAAGGUCACAUACGACUCAUCUAUGACAUGGCAAGCUAUCCUCCCACGACAGUGUACAGUGUUGAGUCUGUCAACGACGGACUUUUCCACACCGUGGAGCUGUUGAUUCAGAACCAUUCCCUCAGCCUGGUGGUGGACAAUGGCGCCCCCAAGAGCCUGGGCAAGCUAGCGCGCCAACCAUCCGUCGACCACAACACGCAGCUUUACAUCGGAGGCGUGCCCUACCAGGUGCUGGCCACGGGCCUUCAGACCAGUCCAGAACGCUCGCCUCAGUUCUUCAACGGCUGCAUCCACAAUGUCCAAAUUAACGGGGAAGCGCAGGACCUGAGCUACCGAGCUACAGGAGGGCGACCUGUGGAGGGCAAGGGCGAUGGCGUCCUUGUGGGCUGUCACUCAUGCAGCGUGUGUGCGCAAGGAACGUGCAGAGAGGGUGGCGAGAUGGGUGUCACCUGUCAGUGCCCGCCUGGACGCAGCGGGACAUUGUGCGAACAGGCCACAGCGCCAAAUCCCUGUCAGGGCAGCAGAUGUGUUCACGGUUUAUGUGUGCCCAAGGGGUCAUCCUACAGUUGCAAAUGCAGCGAGGGCUACCAGGGCCAGUUCUGCGAGCGGCAGCAAGUGCCCACGGCCUGCAGGGGGCAGCGCUGCGGGCACGGCGAGUGCAGAGUGUCCGAGGGUGGGGAGCCCGUCUGCAAUUGUCUGCCUGGCUACGCUGGACCCACAUGUGACACUGACUUGACGUGUCAAGGUGAGAUGGUGCGAGAGCAGUUGAAGCGCCACCAAGCCAUGCGGACUUGCACGUCCACCAGCAAGAUCCCGCGCAUGGACUGCCCCCGAUCGUGCCAGAUGGCGGCGCCGCCCGGCAUCUGCUGCGGCGUCAGCAAGACCCGCCAGAGGAAGGUGGUGUUCCGCUGCACCGACGGCACCUCAUACUCCGAGGAGAUGGAGACGGCUCUGGAGUGCGGCUGCGCCAGGUGCCCGUUGUAACGGCGCCCCCGCUCCACCCCGCACCCCCUCCCCCACACCCGUCUUGUGAAUUUGGCACCGCCAUUAACACAAUAUGCGUUUUGUUUACACAUCCCGUUCGACGGCCGCCAGUUUGCUGCAGGAGAAACCACAAUGGGGACACCAUGUGUGUACGUGUGUGUUUUAGAGAGCGCUUGCGUGUGUGUGCGUGCGUGCGUGUGCGUGUGAGUGUGUGUGCGCGUGCAGAGAGAAAUAUAUUGUAAGAUACAAGUGAGGAGGAAAAAAAAAAGCAUAGAACUUAUUUUUAUUAUGAAUUUUCUUCUUCUAAAAGAUGAUAAGGACUGAUUAGUUGUUUUUUUUUAUUAAUGUUGAUUAUACGUGUUACAUAGGAUAUUAUUUUGUACUUUGUAAGAACACAAAAAAAAACUACAUUUCGGAAUAGAGUAACAAAAGUGUAAGAAAUUAUAUAUAUGUAUAAAUCUAUAUAGAAUUUAUACCCUAAUCCAAUUAAUUGUGUAUUUAGUGUAUUUGCAUGAUCUUUGGACACUUUGUUGUGGAAAAUGAAAGUUCACUCACUCCUUUUUGGCCUAAAAAGGGAACCGUACGUGCCUAGCUUGAAAAACAAAAACACGGAAAUCAACUUCACCUUUGAAACCCUUGUGCUCCGAGAUUAUUUUUUUAAGCAAUGUUCAUCUCGACUUCCACUCUUUGUACACAAAACUCGGGCAGGGGUGGAAAUCCAAAAUGCAAAUAAAACCUCAGUGGCUUAAAAGUGCCCCAACAUCCCCUCCAUCCCCAAAACCAAAACCCUCUGAGUCUAGGUCCAUAAGUCAAAAAUCUUCAUGUUAUCAUCGUUUGUCUUCACACAUUUUUCCUCGUUAUGUGGCUUUUUUUGUGUGUAAUUUCUUCAGGCCUCUGAUUGGCUGGAACCAAAGCCAUUCGACUCAGGGUUUACCAUGUAGCUCCACCUUACCAGCAGGGAACUCACAUGCCCAUUCAAAAUAUUUUACCAGAUUUUUUAAAUUGUGCGAUACCCCACACAUGGCCAAAAAAUCUGUCAUGUAUGCAACUGUCAUUUAAAAUAUUAACACAUCUGUGUGCCUUAAAGCGGUCAGGUUCAACCUAAAACAUCCGAUGUUGAUGAUCUGAUGAUACCAUUGAGGUAUUUAACGUUUGGAAAAUCAAGUUUGAAGUUGAAUAUGACAAGCAACCCAGAUCUGAGCUGUAUUUUUAUAGUAGACGCAACAGCUUCUGGUUAAUCGAAAGUAGUCUAUUUCAAUUCUUCCAGUUGAUUCAAGAACAUCCAAAAUCAGAUCAAAUCUGUAGCAUUUGAAGAACAUACACACAAUUGCGCCUAUCUGAUACCCUAAGUGCAGAACCAAGACUGACCUGUGAGAGGCAGCAUGGUGCUAUACAACAUCCAGAUGGCAGGAAAAUACAAAGAAGAAACUAGAAAGCCCUUGGCUUACUUUUUGCUUAACUUGAUUUUGUGAUUUCUGAUUGAUUUGCGAUUGACCAAAUCGAUUUAUUAAGAAGCUAAUCAGCUCAGCGUUACCUUUAACGCCAACCCAUAAUUGCUGAACUUGUGCCUGAUUGUCGGUGUGUGUUUGUGUAUUCCACUUAAGUGUGUUUUGACAAAAACUCGAGUUGAUUUUGAAUGGACCACGACUAUUUGGUUUCAUUGGACAUUGCCCAAAUAAUUGGUUGAGGGUUUGAGUGUGCUUACACUGCAAAAACUGGCCUUUCAAAAAAUGAGAAAAAUAAUAGAAGAAUUAGAACUGUAGUACUGAAUUUUAACAAAAUUGUACAAUGGUACAAUUCAGAGUGUCCCAUUAACCCACCACGCAUGUUUUUGGAAUGUGGGAGGAAACCGAAGUCCCCAAGCGGGCAUGGGGAGAACAUGUAAACUCCACACAGGAAGGCCGGAACCAUAAUUGAGACUAGCUUACAACUAGUGUCUUUAUACAACCAACUCAUAAUCAGUAAUACAUUUUCAGUUACAACUUAAAAUGGCAUCAAAUUUUUCAAGAAGCAACUUGCUGUAGCAAGUGAUACGUUUUUAUACACAAACUGUUUUAUAAGAAAAAAUACCCCCCAAUGCAUAUUUUGCUUUUAAGAUUUUUAACCCCUAUAAUUUUUGCAGUGUAAGUGCACCUGCUGAAAAUGUUUGUCUUGGUCCCAGCUCUUGAUUCUCUUUUCUUUACUUUUGAGUUGGUAAAUAAAAAGGGACAGCAGUAAACAACGUUCAAUAUGUCUGUUCUAUAAACAAAACAGGAACGUUAGCACCGGUGCUAACGCUAACAUGACCUUUAAAGCUUACCAGGUUGGUCCACUGAGCAUAUUACAGACCACAUGGAAAAGAAAAAUAAAAAGCAGGUGAUCUGAGUACACCAUGGCAACGACAGAGAUCCUCUUCUCCUGAGCCAGUGCGUCAAAUGUUAAUGCCGCUUUUAAUGCUUAGUUAUUUUAAGCUCACUUGUUACAUGUGCUGCUUGUUUUUGUGCCAAAGUUUGCUGGAUGUACCUUUGAAUGCAAAAUAAGUUGGUGUGGUCAGAAUUCAUAACGCUGCUGUGACCCAAUGUUGAAUGGACGCACAGAGGUCAACAAAGUCAAAAGUAGUGCCUUGAUUUUAAAAGAUGUCUCGGAAAUAAAAUGUUGUCCUAAAGUGAUUUAUUAAUUAAACUCCACAACUCGGGGGAGAAGAAAAAGUCAGUCAUUGUCAUGCAGCAACAGCAACACAUUGCAGAAAAGGAAACUGCAUCACCCACCACAGAAAAAGCCGCUUGCUGUUGUUCUUCAUAUGUGAUGCAUUCACAAAUGCCUCAUCUAAGCGCUCUUGCGCGACUAUUAAAAGCAUAGCAAGGCACGAAAAGGUAAAACACUACUAGGCUUGCAAAGGGAAGGAACAUUUUUAGUACAUUUCCAUGGAAGACUUUUGAAAAAGUUCUCGAUCAAGAAUAGAUGCUAACAUUUAAUGUGGCCUUCAACAAAUAUUUUCUUCAUUCAAUUAUUUCAUUGAAGAAAAACAAGUUCAACAUUACUCUAAACGGAAUGACACAUUUAAAACCACCCAACUUUGCCUUGGGGUUGUUACUAGCAUAAUGCUAAUGGAGAGUGCAAAAUGCCCUGCACGAGCUAAUGAAACAACAUAAACCGUGGAACAACAUGUAGAUACACAAUAUGACAAUACUCACAGGCAUACAUUCUUUAUCCCCCUGCUAAAAUGACUAAAAGUGCAUUUUACUAGAAUAUAAUGAAAUUAUUAUUCUACAUGUAAGUCUUUAGUUCACAACCAACUGGUGGCCAUAACGCGUACCCCAGGAGAUGCAUGUUGUGAGGCCCAUGGCAAUGUUCCGAUUUUGAAAAUUCCUGGAAUUUUGCAACCCUAAACACUACUGUAUUCAACUUUAACGUACUCACUUUACACAUUUGCAAAAGUGUCCAUCGACAGUAUUAUCUCCAAUUCAGCUACUUUUCCUGAUGUCACGGCUCACCUCUUUGUGUGACAAUUCACGCUUGUCAUUUUCGCUCACAACCCCUCGACCCUUUGAAGGUUUCUUAGCUCGUCAAUGUGAAGACAGAAGACAAAAUCAUUUCAAUCCAAAAACUUCAAUGUUCUCCAGGUUGAAAACACAAAAGUGAUUGAUGAUGCAGAUGUUGAAUGUUAAAAAUUAAACUACCAUUGAAACUUU